AUGUCGAUGCAUCCAAGCUAUCCCCGUAAUGGGAGUUAUCCACGCCAUUAUUAUCCCUCACCUCCUUCCAUGCACACUUCAGAUUCCGGAUAUGGUUCUACACGAGGAGAGAUGGGUCCGCCAUCAUUAGAUUUUCCACCUCAACCUAUUGAGAUUGAUCUGAGUAAUUCGCGGACCCUUCCAAGUCCUUCCCCUUCUUCUUCGGUUGCUUGGGAGCCAACGUUGUUUCCUUCUCCCCACGGAUUUCCUGAUUUAAAUUCCCCAUAUGGACCAAUUUCCAGGAUGCAACAACUGCCAAUGGAUCGUGCGACAGGCCAGGCUCCAUUACUCCAAUGGUAUGCCGAUAAUGAUGGUCCUUGGUAUCCCAAGACAAUUUCAGAUCCCAUCUCAGAGGAAAGAGCAAAUGUCAAGGUUCGUUCAAAUAAUCGUGCACCCGUUGCUUUUGGAGGGCCGUAUCGUCAACAAGAUCCCUUGGAGAAUGGAUCCUUUCAUUUCGGUGGCCCACCACAAUCAGAUUCUGGAUAUGGAACCAGAAGGAGCCAUGGAAAUGCUUCAAUCUUUAGCUCUGAUAUUAAUGAUCGCGAUCAAGACUGUCAAAGCUUAGCAGGUCAUGUUGCAGACUAUCAGCCCUUUCAGGGGUUGAAUGAAGCAUUGCAAUCUCGCGAGAAUACGACACCCGAAACAUGGCCAACACAUCUUCCGGCUUCUAUUAACUCGCCAGGUCUGUUCUGUCAGACCUGUCAAAAAUCCGUAAAAACAAAAUCUGAGUUGAAGAAGCAUGAUCUACGACAUAAAAAGCCCUUUGUGUGUAACUUUCCAGGUUGUGGAAGAACUGAGGGAUUUAGCACAACCAACGAUCUAGAUCGACAUACAAAGAGCAAACACUUCUUGGCUAUGACCUCGGAGGUGGAGUCAAUAAAAAGAUACCGCUGUGUUGUACCUGAGUGUAAGUCCAAGGAUAAAGCAUGGCCACGACUCGACAACUUCCGUAGUCACUUGAAACGAGUUCAUUCGAACGUCGUUGGAUCGGAAGAGAACUUGGAGAAGAUAAUACGACAGGCUGAAUUUCUGGAACCCUCAGGUUUGCCUCAAAAUGCCCAUCUCACUACAGAAGCGUCUACCCACGAUGUCUCGCACAACAGGGAAGUUAACGAAUGUUCACCAAAGGCCCAGGUUAUCAAAUCCAAUUCGAAGCCCGUCUAUCCAGACUUGAUCCAGGAUUUAGUCGCCCCAACGGAAAUUCCAAUGGAGAAACCUCUCGUCGCGGAUGUGAAUCCCAGUGACACUGCUAUACCUGGACCGAACAAUCCUCCCGCGGAUCCACAUACUAGAGAUACCAUCCAACCAUCGGAAUUAUUUCGGAAUCCAUCAGAGGUUGUUAACAAAAUCUUUUUGGAUAUGUCGACCCUAGUGGGUACAAAGAGUGCUUUGAAUCGUAAUCUUGAUCAUGUAAGCCGUCCAUCGGUGGAGAGAAACCCAUUACCACCUGCAGGUAAGGCAACUCGACAUAGUAGCGUCUCAGCCACCGAUGCAACCAUUACCGAAGCAAUCAGAACCGCAUUAGCAGAGGCAAAAAAUUCAUCCAACGUUGGUGCAUUGCCGAUGGGACGGAAAGUCUUGCCUAAUGGAAAAUCUCCCCCCGCUGAUCCCUGGGGAUCCACAACGGAUAAAGCUGCAUGCUUACUAGAUGGAUUUAAUAAGUCUACUUCUUCUACAACAGAUGAUUCCCUGGACCAGGAAAAAGCGAUUGAGGUUUACAAAACCCUGCAAAAGCUAGGUUACAUUAUUCAAAAGGAUCCAAAUCAUACACCUCGGAUACAAAACCCAGGAUCUGUUGCCAGCAACAAGAGUGAAAACCAAGUCACCUGUGAGGUUUGUAAAAAGUUUAAAGGAAGACCUUGCGAGCUGAAGAAACAUAUGAAACGGCACGAGAGGCCUUACGGCUGUACUUUCUCGGCUUGCAACAAAACCUUUGGAAGUAAAAAUGAUUGGAAACGACACGAGAACUCGCAACAUUUCCAUUUGGAGACCUGGCGUUGCGACAAUGAGAAACCCGAAGGUGGAGCAUGUGCGAAAGUCUCUUAUCGUCGUCAAGCAUUCCAAGAACAUCUAAAGAAAGAACAUGCCAUCAUUGACCAAGAUGCUGUUAAGACUAAGGUCGAUGCUUGUCGUAUUGGCCGUAACUGCCAGGCUCGUUUCUGGUGUGGUUUUUGUAAGACGCUUGUUGAUCUUAAGAAAAACGGUCUUGAUGCCUGGAUAGAAAGGUUCGAUCACAUAGAUAACCAUUUCAUGGGGCGCCACGGACUUCAAAAACAAAGCAUUCAAGAUUGGAUUCCAGUUGAUAGUGACAAACCCAAGGGCGACGUUGCCAGUCCAAAUCACCUAGGUGAAUCUUCACCUGAAAAUGACCAUCAGGAACAUUCGACCGAUUCUACAGAUGACUUUGGUAGGAGCUCACCAGAAUUUGUCGGCAAUAAAGGAACCUCAUCUACUUUGGUGGGUCAAGAACCCAGGGUAUCAAAGAAACGAGAACGCAACGACGAUGAGAAUGACAGGCCAUCAAAGUAUACAAAGAUUGGAGAGAUUGUUUACUGUUGUCAUUGUGCAGAUGAUCUAGGACGUACUCUUGCUCUUAGUCCCAAGUGUACUUCCUGCAAUCAUGAUUUUUGCAACGAGUGCAAGAGCGAUUCAAUUGAUAAUUGUGAAGGUCAAAAAGUCUGA